AUGCGCGACGGUGGCAUCGCCCGGAGCGGGGCGACGAUGAGCGCCCCGGAUGAGUACGACCUGGCAGCACCCAAGUUCGACCUGCUGGAGAUGCGCAGCUUCCGCCGCGACGCGACGCUUCAGUACGCCGUCGCUCAGCGAUCGCAGCAGCUUCGAAUCCUCUUCUUUGCGUCCAGCGCUGUCGUCGCCGCCGCAGCGCCUUGGGCGGCGGGCGCGCUGCUGCCCGACGUCAGCAUACUCGACGCCCGCGGCCUAGCCGGCUGUGCGGCGGCCUCGCUGCUGUUUGGGUCUCUCGCGGCGCGCGAGCGCGGGCUACGCGGUAAGGUGCUGCUGCGGAUGGAGCGCGAGCUCGCCGUGGGCGACCUGCAGAUCUCGCAGACGGGCAGCGCGCUCGGCGGCGGCCGGCCACGCGCCCUCUCGGCACUACGCGGGGAGCGGCGCGUGGUCGCGAUCUCUGGCUCUCCCGGCUGGCUGCUUGCCGAGCUGCGCAGCGCGGAAGUGUACCGCCGCCGCCUCGAGCAGAGCGGCGUCGCCCUCGUCUGCGUCGCCUUUGGAGAGGAGGCCGCAUGGGCCGACGCGUCGCGUGCGGCAGAGGCUGCCGGCUGGCUAUGGCGGCCCGCCGACGCCUCCGGCUGGAGGGGCUACUUUUCCGACAUUCUCACGGCGAAGGACGGCAGCGCCAAGGCGGCGGCGGAGGAGGGCGCCUUCUUCGCCCUCUCGCUGCGCGGCCGCUCCUGCGCGUCGGGCGUGGGCCGUGUGCCAUGGGACGAGCUGCUCGGCACGAAGCUACCGCCCAUCGAGCCCCUCUCCCCCUCCGACCCUCCGGCGCCGGCGAGCGAGGAGGAGGCGGCGGUGCUGGCGGCGCAGGCGGCGCUGUACGACGCGCUGCGCGAUGUGGACGCCGCUGCAGUCCGGCGGCUGUGCUCGCCCGAGGACGACGACGAGGUCCUCAAGUACGACGCCACCGCUGGCUUGCGGCUGUCGAGCCAGGACGCCACCGUCGCCGGCGAGACGGCCUUCUCGACCGGGCUUGAGUUCCCCGCCGGAGGGAAGGGCGCGUCGCUGCUGUGCACACAGCGCUGGGCGCGCGACCAGGCGGGCGGCUGGCGGCUCGCGCAGCACCGCACGAUCCCCUACACGGCGCAGACCGACGCAGCCGCGUGCCUCCGCUGCGAUCGCCGCGGCUGCGUGGCGCUGCAGCGGACGGGAGCGGCCGGCCCGGCGGGCAUGCCUGGCGAUGGGCCGGCGUGA